UACCACAUCGCCGAUACCUCUGUGGAUCAUCCGGCGAGACGAGGCGACAGUCAACCCAGUACCUGGAAAACCGAAUUCUACCUCCUAUUUACCUCUUAAUUCUUUUCCAAAAGCUGCACAAGAUACUGAACGAUGGCGCCAGCGACUGAGACGGCCCCAGCAGCGACCCCUGAAGCCGCGGCGACCUCUAAUGGGGGCAUCAACGCCGUCUUGCUCGGGCCGCCUGGAUCCGGGAAAGGAACUCAGGGUCCCCGUUUGAAAGAGAGAUAUUGCGUUUGCCACCUUGCAACUGGUGACUUGCUUCGCGCAGAGGUAUCCUCCGGAUCAGAGAUAGGCAAGAAGAUCAAGGAGGUCAUUGAUGCAGGGAAGCUGGUGAGUGAUGAUCUGGUGGUGGGGAUGAUAGCGCAAAAUCUCAACAAACCGGAAUGUAAGAAUGGCUUCAUCCUUGAUGGAUUUCCUCGCACUGUUGGUCAGGCAGAGAAGCUUGACGACAUGUUGGAGCUGAGGAAGCAGAAGCUGGAUUCUGUCAUUGAGUUCUCUAUAGAUGAUAGCCUGCUGGUGCGCCGUAUCACAGGCCGUCUCUUUCACAAGCCCUCUGGCCGCUCCUACCAUGAAGAGUUCUACCCCCCAAAGGUCCCAAUGACUGAUGAUAUCACUGGUGAGCCACUGAUCCGGAGGUCGGACGACAACCCAGAAACACUGAUUAAGCGACUGGAAGCCUACCACAAGCAGACUUCCCCCCUUGUUGAUUAUUAUGCCAGAAAGGGCAUCCAUACAGCGAUAGAUGCUUCUCGACCAGCCAACGAGGUUUUCAGGACAAUUUCCACUAUCUUUGAAAAUGCUAAGAGUAAGGACAUAGUGAUGUUUCUAUAAGGACCAGAAUUUGCUGCAAGUCUAGGAGGGCAGUCCUAAUUCAAGUCACUGUAAAGUAGCGGGUGUUCCUUACAUUUUCUAAGACAACCAGCAGAUCCAACUGCCAUUAAUUAAAAAAAAAGAAAAUAAAAAUAAAUAAAAAAAAUUAAUAAUAAUCCAGUUCUUAAAAAUUUGGGUAAGCAUUAGGAGUGCUGCCUGUUGGCGGCUACUCCCAACCAGCGGAUAUAACUGCCACAGUCGUUUAGGUCGGUCACUGUUCAUUCUGUAAAGAUGUCAGAGUCAACAUGAUAGGUUAUAAGGGAGCCUUAUUGUUAGUGUUUUCAAAGAGGAAAAAGUUACUGAAAAU